GGAACGAACUGCGAAGAGAAUGUGGAUGAGUGCAUGUCAAAUCCAUGUCAAAAUGGUGGACAUUGUCGCGACCGUAAUAACGGUUAUACGUGUACUUGUCAACCCGGCUAUUUGGGAGAACAUUGUGAAGUCGAUGUCGCUGUAUGUGAAACGGGCACCGGAGCUAGAUGUCAAAAUGGUGGCGAAUGCAUUGAAGGACCUGGACUUGAAUUCUCCUGUGAAUGUGUUCCCGGUUGGCAUGGACGCAUCUGUCAGCAAGAAAUCAAUGAAUGUGACUCAUCGCCAUGUCAAAACGGUGGUGUUUGUGUCGACAAAUUGGCCAGUUAUGUGUGUGCCUGUCCCAUGGGCUAUACGGGGACGAAUUGUGAAGAGGAAAUCCUAAUAUGUGCCGACAAUCCAUGUCAAAACAAUGCUCUGUGUCUGAUGGAGGAGGGAGUGCCCACGUGUUACUGUGUACCCGAUUAUCAUGGCGAGAAGUGUGAGUACCAGUACGAUGAAUGUCAGCUGGGACCGAGAUGUAUGAAUGGUGGUGUCUGUAUAGAUGGUGUAGAUACGUUUUCCUGUUCCUGCCCGCCUCUGCUGACGGGUAUGUUGUGUGAGUGCUUGAUGAUAGGAGAAGAUUCCCUGGACUGUAACUAUACGGCACCAGCUACAUCGGCUACACCCACACAUAAGCCCAGACCAACACCCGAAUUAACCACGCCUAAGGGUGUGGAUGGUGUGAGAUUAUCCACCACGGAUACUUCUGAAUCGGAAACUAAAUCUCAAGAGGAUAUAGAUGAUGGCGCAACAAAAGAAGUAACAAUGGAGGAAGAAGAAUCGAUAGAAAAACCGGGAACAGUAACAAUAUCUGGAACAUCAACCACAGCCAUUACACCACUACAUCCUACAUCAGCGUCAGAAGAAGAUGAGGAUGACAGACAUUUUACCAGCUACACCACAGAAGCUCCCACUUCUUAUGACAUUUACUCUAAAGGUAGUUCAGAGACACCCUACACUUCGCAAGCUAGUGGUUCGGAGGAUGUAGACGAAUCAGAAGAAUCCACCACAAUUAGUCGAUUUGAUAUAAGUACCAGUAGUGAAUUCACUACUGCCAGGCCAUUUAUUACCAGUCAUGGCGUGGACGACUAUAGGCCAGUAACUCAUUCAGAAGAGUCUACUGCCGGCAGUGGUGAAUCUGAGGGUGAAGGAGAUCAUUCAGGCGUUUAUAUACACCCCACGAGACCCAUUUAUACACACACCGUUACCACUUUGGAAACUACAUACACCAUAGAGUACACUACACCCAGACCUACUUAUGGCAAACCCACCUAUUACCCCACAUUUGAAAUACCACCCAUCACAGUGAGACCCGAAACAGAUAGUCAUAUUUCACCCUCAACCGAGGCCGUCUCUCCGGAAGAUCGUGUUGAGGAGGCUGAUAUCUCUGGACCACAUUUCACCAGACCGCAUAUAACUACCACAGCAGCACCAUUCUUUACCGAAUAUCCUGAAGUAGUGGUAACAACGAAAUAUGUGGAUAUUAUUGCUGGUGGCGGCAGCAUUACGACCACAGCACAACCGCCCAGCUACGGCCCCAGUUAUACAAUGACAACAAUUAGCUCAUCUGCUUAUGAUUAUGAUGCCGUUGAGGUAUCAACAUCAGCACCAGGCAUUUCAGUAACUCUUCACAUACCCGAAAAUCGCACCUUCAGCCAGUAUACACCAACUACAAUGCCCACAACAUUGUACUAUCCCGCAACGACUUAUGUCACAAAAUCAAUAGAUUAUGACACAACACCCUAUCAAACCGACAUAGGCGGUGCAUCAACACUGCAUCCAAUUUACACCGAUGAUUUGUCAGGUCAUCAUGUACCCACCACGGGCGGACCAGUGUACACACCUCCCGACUUGCCAACCCCUACAAUGCCCGCGCAACCUUCAGUUUCGGUUAUACCUACUGAAUUUAAGCCGAUUAUUACCUAUGUGCCACCCACGUAUAUACAACCCACCUCAAGACCUACACUACCACCACCCACCUUGUAUACAAUACAACCAACAGAUGUGCCACAAACUCCAGCCACGCCCAGCUAUAGUACUCAGACUCCUAUAGUCUCGAAAGCACCAACUACUGAGGCCAGCAGUGAAGAAGAGGAAAGCUCUAAUACGGUGGGUACGGGAGUGGGUCCAGCUGCAGGUGGUGCAGGCGCUGGUGUGGACAGCGAAGCUCAUGCUGACUGCAUUAAAUAUGGAUGUUAUAAUGGGGGAACUUGUGUUACAACCUCAGAGGGAUCACGGUGUGUUUGUCGGUUUGAUCGUCAAGGUGCUUUAUGUGAAACACCCAUCAUCAUUAAAAAUGCUGCCUUCUCCGGUGAUUCGUAUGUGUCGCAUCGCAUCCACAAGGAUAUACCACAUCAUGAUACAUUGGAUACGGUGUUGCCGAUGCAUGUUCAACUUAAAGUACGCACACGUGCCACCAAUGGUCUCAUAAUGUUAGCUGCCGCACAAGGCACUAAGGGCGGUCAUUAUAUGGCAUUAUUUUUGCAAAAAGGUCUGCUGCAAUUCCAAUUUUCAUGUGGCUUACAGACAAUGCUGCUAAGUGAACUUGAGACUCCAGUGAAUACAGGCCAUGAGAUAACAAUACGUGCCGAAUUGGACUUUAGCCGUAAUUACACCCAUUGUAAUGCUUCUCUGCUGGUUAAUGAUACACUAGCCAUGUCGGGUGAUCAGCCAACCUGGUUGAAAUUAUUGCCACCUCGUCUACAUACUCCGGACACUAUAUUAAAUACUUGGUUACAUUUGGGUGGUGCUCCUCAGGCACCAAUUGGUUUAAUCAUUGAAUUACCGCCCUCUCAAAGUGGCACAGGCUUUACUGGUUGCCUGCACUCAUUGAGAAUCAAUGAAGAAUCAAGAGAGAUAUUUGGGUAUGUGCAGGAUCCAUUUGAUCGUAGCUCGCAUGUGGCAGCUUUGAACGACAUUCAUAGAGACCCCAUCAAUUCCGUGGUAGCAGGAUACCGUGUGAAUGUUGUACUAGGAGAUCGCCUACCACCGAUAACAGACGCCGAUAAGAUUAUGCUGCGUAAAACAAGAGUCGUUCUGGCACAAUACCUUUUGGUCACGCAUAGACCGUGUAGUCCCAAUGUUCAGGGUCCUCAUGAUCCUCCACAUAUCGAACUGUCCAGUCAAUCCUACUUCACUACGUCCAGCGGAUUUAUGGACUCAUCCAGUCGAAGUAGCUCAAUUCCUUGGACUUGA